AAUUAAAUUAAUAAUAAUCGGUUCGAGAAAUAUUAUAUUAAUUCUGUGAAUCUGCGUUUCUAUAUUUCGUUUCACUACAACGAUUUUCCCAAUUCGUAAUUCAUUUUGUGUUGAAAGAAAAGAAGAGAAGAAACAAAGAAAGACGAAGAAGAAGAAGACUAGAGAAAGAGUUUGGGAGAGAUCUUGUAAAUAAGGAAACCCUAGUUUUUCCUUUUUUUGGGUUAAUUUUCCCAUUAAUUUUCAGCUCCAACCUGCUACUGUUACCAAUAAGGAAUCUCUUGUCAUUGCUUCAAUCGAACAAGAGUGAACGAGUUUUGUGGGAUUGUGUAUUGUUAGAAAGCUGCAAAGAUGAUGUCCAGGUCGUAUACGAAUCUUUUAGAUUUGGCCUCUGGGAAUUUCCCGGCAAUGGGGGGGAGGGAGACUAGGGAGCGGAAACGGAUGCCGAGAGUUAUGAGUGUCCCGGGGUUUCUCACUGAGGUAGAUGAUGAUCAGGCAGUUAGUGUUUCCUCUGAUAAUCCAUCAACUGUUACUACGGAUAGAAUGAUCAUUGUGGCUAACCAGCUACCGUUGAAGGCAAAGCGAAAAGAGGACAACAAAGGGUGGAGUUUCAGUUGGAAUGAGGAUUCAUUGCUUUUACAGCUUAAGGAUGGACUCCCGGAUGACAUGGAGGUUCUUUAUGUUGGUUCAUUACGCGUUGACAUUGAUCCAGCUGAACAGGAUGAUGUAUCACAGUAUUUAUUGGAUAAAUUCAAAUGUGUGCCGACUUUUUUACCCGCUGACGUUUUGGCAAAAUUUUAUGACGGCUUCUGUAAACGGCAGUUAUGGCCACUUUUUCAUUAUAUGUUACCAUUUUCAACAGAUAAAAGCCACCGAUUUGAUCGUUCUUUGUGGGAAGCUUACGUGCUGGCAAACAAGCUUUUUUUUCAGAAGGUAGUUGAAAUAAUAAACCCAGAGGAUGAUUACAUUUGGAUUCAUGAUUAUCAUUUGAUGGUGCUGCCAACUUUUAUAAGAAGGCGUUUUAACAGGGUUAAAAUGGGAUUUUUCCUGCAUAGCCCCUUUCCAUCAUCAGAGAUAUACAGGACUCUUCCUGUCAGGGAAGAGAUACUGAAAGCUUUACUAAACUCUGAUAUCAUCGGAUUCCAUACCUUUGACUAUGCUCGUCAUUUCCUUUCCUGUUGCAGUCGUAUGUUGGGUCUGGAGUAUCAGUCAAAGAGGGGUUAUUUAGGAUUGGAGUAUUAUGGAAGGACAAUCAGUAUUAAGAUUAUGCCUGUUGGGAUUCACAUGGGUCGAAUUGAGUCAGUUAUGAGAAUGGCAGAUGAGGAAUGCAAGGUAAGGGAGCUCAAACAGAAAUUUGAAGGAAAAACCAUCUUGCUUGGUAUUGAUGAUAUGGACAUUUUUAAAGGCAUAAAUUUGAAGAUUUUGGCUAUGGAGCAGAUGCUCAGACAGCAUCCCAAAUGGCAAGGAAGAGCUGUUCUGGUCCAGAUAGUUAAUCCUGCUAGAGGUAAAGGGAUACAUCUGGAGGAGAUACAUGCUGAAAUACAAGAAAGCUGCAACAGGAUCAACAGAGUGUUUGGGAGACCUGGUUAUGAACCUAUUGUUUUUAUUGAUAGAGCAGUUCCUAUUGCUGAAAAAGUUGCUUAUUACUGCAUUGCUGAGUGUGUUAUUGUCACAGCUGUAAGGGAUGGAAUGAACCUAACUCCUUAUGAGUAUAUUGCAUGUAGACAGGGAAUAUCUGGUUCUGAAUCAUGUUCCAAUGUCAAUGACCCUAAGAAGAGUAUGCUAGUAAUAUCAGAAUUUAUUGGGUGUUCUCCAUCACUUAGUGGGGCAAUCCGUGUCAAUCCAUGGAAUGUUGAAGCAACUUCAGAGGCAAUGAAUGAGGCCAUCUCAACUGGUGAUGGAGAGAAACAGUUGCGGCACGAGAAGCAUUACCGUUAUGUCAGCACUCAUGAUGUGGCUUACUGGUCACGUAGUUUCUUGCAAGACAUGGAGCGGGCUUGCACAGACCUUCUAAGGAAAAGAUGUUGGGGAAUAGGUCUUAGCUUUGGAUUUAGAGUUGUGGCACUUGACCCUAAUUUUAAAAAGCUCUCAAUCGAUGCUAUGGUUUCAGCUUACAAGAGGGCAAAAAAUAGGGCCAUUUUGUUGGACUAUGAUGGUACUGUGAUGCCACAGAACUCCAUUAAUAAGAGUCCAAGCAAGGAGGUCUUGUCUAUUUUGGAAUCACUUAGUGAAGACCCCAAAAAUGUUGUUUUCAUUGUUAGUGGACGGGGGAGGAAUAGCUUAAGUGACUGGUUUAAUUCCUGUGAAAAACUUGGAAUUGCUGCAGAACAUGGGUACUUCUUGAGAUGGUCCCACAAUCGAGAAUGGGAAAAUUGUGGUAAGAGCUCCGACUUUGGAUGGAUGCAGAUUGCUGAACCUGUAAUGAAACUCUAUACAGAGGCGACUGAUGGUUCCUCUAUUGAAAGAAAAGAAAGUGCUUUGGUCUGGCAAUACCGUGAUGCAGACCUUGGUUUUGGAUCUGCUCAGGCUAAGGAAAUGUUAGAUCAUCUAGAAAGUGUUUUGGCCAAUGAGCCUGUUGCUGUGAAGAGUGGCCAGUUUAUUGUUGAAGUAAAACCCCAGGAUGUGAGCAAAGGCUUAGUCGCCGAGAAGAUAUUUUCGUCAAUGGACGGGAAGGGCAAACAGGCCGACUUUGUGUUGUGUGUUGGUGAUGACAGAUCAGAUGAGGACAUGUUUGAGAUAGUUAGUAGUGCCAUCUCAAGGAAUAUUCUUGCCACCAAUGCUUCUGUGUUUGCUUGCACGGUUGGACAAAAACCAAGCAAAGCAAAGUAUUAUUUGGAUGAUACAACUGAGGUAACAAGCAUGUUGGAAUCUUUGGCUGAAGAAUCAGAUGCUUCACCCUACAUAGAAGAAACUGGAGAUUCCUCUCGGAGGCAAGUGUGAGUUGAGGUUGAGGUUUCUCUUAUUUUAGGUGAUGAUUUUUUUUUUUAAUUGGGAUGUAAUAUUCGUGGUGAUAUUUGGGGCGUUUGCAGAGUAUGUUUUCAUAAUAUUUUUUUUUCUUUUUUGGUUUUUCUUCUAUUAUAUAUUACAUAUAUUUUUGGGAGAAUCCCGUCAUUAUUUUCUGUUGCAGUCAUUGAUAGUUUUAUUAUUUUAGUUGUGGUGUAGCAGAUAACAAGGAUGCUAAUUUUGAUUUUUUUAUAUUCUAUAACAAAGGAAGAAAAGAGUGAAAGCUCUUCUUGCUUGGCACCA